CCACCAAUAGCAUUACCAAGAAAUGUAGUAGAGAGGCUUAAAGCCGAUCACAAUCCUCGUGUAAAGAUUUAUUCACAAAAAACCUGAGAAAUGCCAUCCAAAGCUUACGAAUGCGCGGAGAAACCAGCAGUGAAAAAGUUAACGCAAUUAUUUUUGGAUACUUUUGGUACCGCUAAAAUACCAGAAGGCUAUUGGGAGGGUAACGAGUAUGGGCCAAAAACAAAGGAGUUUGACUUUGGCGAAUUAUUUAACAUAUUUCCUAUACUUAUUGUUCUGGCUGUUUUAUGUGCAUUAGUAAUUGUGCUGGCAAUUACAUUCCUGGCGUUUUAUACAUUUUUCGGAAAAAGUGAACAUCAAACCUGCAGAAAGAAAAGAAUGUUUUCACUGAUAUUAAUUGCACUGCUCCUGUUGUCGCUUUUAUUGUCAAUAUUUGCACUGUACAUAGUCUUGAAAAAUAUUUUGUCUCUAAAGAAAAUUUAUAAAAAGCCCAAUGAUGCUCUCGACAGUCGAAUAAUUGUGUACAAGAAAGUAGUGAACGACAUUUUGUUCCAUGAUCUCAAAAAACUAAGGGACACUACUAUUUCUAACUGCAGAAACUCUGUUUUUAUGAAAGACCCCUAUCCAGAAGCAAGUAAAUUACGAAGAAUUGCCAAAGGUAGAGGCGCAUUAUUCGACGAUUACAUUAAAUAUAACAUUGAGCCGUUAUUCGAUAAUACCUUGAUGUACGAUGACGCUUUGAGAAUGUUUGCUCGAAAUUAUAGUGCAUAUGUAGGGUGUUCUCGAACAGGCAAAAUAUUUGUUGAAAGAUCAGAUUCUAUGAAUUACGCUUAUCAUAUAUUUUCAAUACAAGAAUGGGGAUAUCUAUACUACUCCGCUAAGUAUAUUUCGAUUUUAAUGAAGAUUUUCGUCCAGACAUCACCCACUGAUGAAACAAUGCCACGAGUCUGCAAUGAGAUUAACAGGCAUUUUGAUAAAUUGGAGAAAGCUGCUACAACGGAGGCGAUUGUUAUAGAGGAUAAUCUGAAAGAACUUAGCUGGAACAGAGAUGCCGAAAUAAUUGGAUCAGGCACAUUUGGACUUGUUCUAUGCAUUUUCGCAAUUUUGAUUUUUGCGGUAUUCCUAAUAAUUCUUCUAUGUACUUUCUUCAUGCUGCGGAAAACUAUGAUCAAACCAUUGAUAUUCAUCUUUGUAGCCCUCACACUGCUCUUUAUUCUGAUAGGAAUCAUAACAUUUUUCUAUUUUGUCUAUGGAGUUAUAGAAUACAAUGAAAUGUGUCGAGGAAAAGAAAAUCACACAAUAUCAGACAACUUCGCUAAUAAAAUAUUAAAAAAUUGCAAAGGCGACGAGAACAUAUACACAUUUUUGGACAGAGGUGAUCCAAGAUUUGCCGAGAAUUCUACAAUAACAACUAACUGCACCAACGUUUGCGUGAAAAAACUAUUCGAAGUCAUUCCUGAACAUAAAAAUCAAGCCCUCCGUUUACCGUAUAAUAAAUAUUGCUACUUCAGACCGGUUUCAAGAGGAUGGCUAAAAAAUAUUGAAUUAAGUCGUGAAGAAUUUAAGGGUAUGGCUGGAUAUCUAGAGGAUAAAGUUCGAAUGGACAAUAGCCUUGCUGCUGGUAUUACCAACCGUUUUAAUGGGACAUCUUGCAUGAUUAACUUAGCAAACAAACUGCUAGCAUACCAACCGCUACCACCGGACAGAAAAGAUUAUAUGAGAUGUAAUAGGGGCCAUAAGACUGCUAGUGACUUCAUAAAGGAGUUGGAAGAAGCAUAUGCUCGAAUAAAUGAUAAUUGUAAAGAUGCAUAUCGUUUCUGUGAACUAUUCGAAGAACAAGAUCUCGUGAAAAUCAAUGGCGACAUAAAUGAAUUUAAAAGACGUAUUGAAGAAAAACUAUUCACAGACCUGGGGACAUGUAAUGACGUCAUUCCGUCACUAACAGUAAAAGAAAAAGAGUUCUGUGAAUGUGAAACAUAUAUAUUGAAUGGAAUCUGGGUUGGCUGCCUUUUCUUCUUGAUAAGCUUGCUGAUACCUCUUUUCCUAUUGCCCUGCUUAAUAUAUCUAUUGAAGAUAUGUGAAGAUCAAGACCUUUGGAGUAGAAGAGACGCCCACGGGAAGGAAGGUAGUACGGAAUCCGUGCGGUCAAUACUGUUGCCGCCGAUAGGACUGCCAAGAGAUGUAAUAGAUUCAAUUGAGGCAAGUCCUAAUCCACGUAUUACCUACAUGAGGAAGAAAAUGAAUUAAAUAUCAUCCAUGGAAAUACUUACCACGUCACUAAUACUACUGCUUUAAAUAUUUUCAUCGUUUUUGGAAAAUAAUCUAAAUUAAUGAAUUUGAGAGAAUAAUGCAUUGGUAUAUGAAUUUAAAAUAAAAUAUUUGGAGUGACAAAGACUCUUCUCAAAA